GCAUGUGAACAUCCCAACCAUGCUCACCACAGAACACAAUAUGUACCUAGUUUACUUGAGUUUUCCAUUAGUUUUUUGAAUAACUGCACGUUACCUUCUUCAACUGAUCAUUCCAUCAUUUUGUGGUGUGCUGCAUCUAUUCUACUCACAAAAAAGAUGGGAAACAACAACGUUGCUUGUUUUCUCCGUCUAAGAGGGAGUCUUCCAUUUCCAUCCCAUAUUCAACUGGGAACAGAUGCUACCAUCAACAUGAAGACAUCUAUCGCUCACAGGUUUCAUGAUGGAGCAUUCAACGAAGACGCAGAAGUUGCAUACACCGUUGAAGGGUCAAAGUGCAACCUCGUGUUACUAAGAUACGUUUGCAAUGACGGCAAGGUCAACUCGGUAGUGUUCUUAUUCCAUGACAGCAUAAUAUGUUCAAGCCAAAAAAACCAAACCCUGGCGAUAUUCAAAACGGAAACUGGUUUGCUUCGCGCGUGCCAUUUCUUUACGUGUUCCACCACGUGGACGAAGACAAGGAAGAACGUUGAUGCAUGGGGUGGUGUUACGGACACCAGAGUUCACUUGUAUGGCACUGCAAACAGGUGUGGUCUUCUUGUUUUGGAGUGCAAGAAAAACGAUUCUCAUGAAGAUGCUAAGGCAGUGACUAUAGCACACUAUUUUGUUAGUAGUAACGGAUCUGUGGCUGUUAACAGAUCAAGUCAAACAACAGAUAUUGGGUUUUCUGUUUUGACAAAGAUUGGAGUUUGUGAUGGAAAGUUUGAUAUAACAGUGGAGGGUCCUGAACGACACCCUGUUUUUGAUUUAUUACACAUGUUCAAUGAAGUGAAUACAACUGGGAUUUGGAAACCAAGUUUGUGCCCUCAUUGCAGUAACAUUCGGAGGGAGCAUAGCACAAUGUUUUCGCAGUCUGAUAGUGAAGACAACGUUGUUCCCUUACCACCACGUCUUGGUAGCCAGCGAAAUGCAACAACUAUUGCCAACAAUGGAAGGUUCAGAGGACAUGCUAAUGGUAGUUACAUCAGAUGCAGAAAUUUCUAUGCAUAAUGCACCAUAUGGUUAUAAUUGAGUAAAGAUCCUAACUUUGUGUGUUUCUCUCUCAAUAUAUAUGUAUGUUGAAUAAUGUGUUAGUCUUGUAGAAUUUUAAGAAAGUUUGUAUGUACUACAAAAUGUAUAAACUCAAGCUAGAAAGAGAUCACCUCAAUUUCCAAAUUA